AUGAGCUGCGUCCCAUUGGAGGCAGAUGUCAACGAAAGCGAAGUGACUGUGCUGGAAGAGCUGGUGCUGGAAGCUCUUGACGAGGAUACCGCGGAGAAGAUGCCUCCAAAAACAGACAUCUUCACACGGGAGAAUCUCGAUUGCAGGUUGUUCAAUCGCGACAGGAUGCGCCAGUUCUGGCGGUGGACGGGUGCCUUGGGCUGGUCGUUGAAUUUCAUCCUGCUUUGCUGGGCCUUGUUCCUCCGCAAAGCUGGACUGGUGAACCAGGGCACGCAGGAGGAGGCGCUAGACGUGGAGCCUCAGAGCCUGAAGAUUGACUCGACCACCUAUGCCGACCUGUUGGCAAGUCAACUGCAAGAGGAAAGGUACGUUUCGGAGUCCAACAAUGCUCUGGGAACAAUCCUGCAAAGCCUCGGCUCCAAAAUGGAGUCCCUGCGCAAUGGUGCCGAAAGGCUAAUGAAGCCAACAGAUGAGGGGCUACCCCGCGACGAUGAUGUUGUGCUAUCAGGGCUGAUCCGCGAUCUGCAAGCAGGAAUUGAGGACCAGCUCGAAAUUCUGGGCAACAAGGAUGCUGAAGUAUGGGGGAAGAUGCAGCAGAAGCCAGAGAUGCUGCGGCAAUUGGCAGACGAGCCGAUGCCGACUCCUGAGCGUCCGAACAACGGAUUGCUACCAGAGGAGUUGCCGCAGUUCGUCGAGCAGUCCUUAGUUCCCAUCGUGGUCAUCCUGGGGUCGUCAUUCCUUGUGGCCGUUCUCUCGCGGCAAUUCCUCCGCGUUGUCACCGAGUGGAGGCGGAGUCGAGAAGAAACUAGAGCCGAGAGGAUACGAAAGAUCCAGAAGCGCCGCUUUCAAGCGUUCACCGGUGUUAUCAACGGUGCGCUGGAGAAUCUAGCAAAGGGCGAAUUCUCCAAGGCUGCUGAGGGCUUCGACCAAGUCGCGAACUUUGCGAACCGUUGGGCAUCAGAGCCGACGUGGGAGGAGUUGCUUCGCGUUGAAGUCCUUGCCUUCUGGGAGCGCUGGGGACCGCAGGCCUACAGACUGGAGGCCAACAUUGGCGACUGGACUGGAGCGCCGCGGUCGUCGACCUCUGAGCAGUUCAAGUGGGUGGCUGACAGAUGGUUCAGCUCCGCGCAGUCCGUGGUCAAGGACUUUGCUUUCGAUGCUGUGAAGGCAUGGGGCGAGGAAGCCACAAAAGCUGCCAAUGCUGCACGUGAAGCGGCGCAGCUGCGCAGCAAGGAGCCACCACGUGGCCGUGGUCUCGUGAUUCGAAUUUACGGUCGUUGGCCUGCACCAGAGGACUGGAUCAACAUUGCAAACCUGCCGCUGGCUGGGGACUGGCGAGAGCAGGCGCUGCGAUUACUGUUGCCAUCUGCCAAGGAUGUGCAGGACGUGCCUCUUCUUGGGUCCUUCUCUGAGCAAGCACUGACAGCAGUGGCCUGGACACCCAGACUACUUCUGCACUACGAUGUCUUCGUAGAUGAUGCAGUGCGCACCGGGACAGGGCAGGUCCGAGGUGUCAGAUUUGACGUUUGGCGAGUCUCCAUGUUUCAGAAGGUAUCAGCCGCCCUCUCGCCGCGAACAUUUCGGCUUGAAGAUCCGACCCGACUGAACUGGGUUGCUGUCACUGCAGACAGCAGCGCAGCAAUGUGGCUUUGCGUGAUCUUUUUCAACAUCCCGAUCCCUGCCUCCGCACAUGUCCACAAGCACAGCCACAAGCGGCAUACGCUGCACAAGUCCAAGCGGUCAGGUGAUGGAUCCGAGGCUGAAGAGGUGCUGACGAUGGAUCGGGAGGUCGUGAAUGCUCACAGACAGAAGCUGCAAGAGCAGAACCAGGAGCUGCUGGCAAAGCUCAGAGGCCACCGCGUGCCUCGCGAAGGCGCAGAGAUGCCCUCAAACCUGGGCUUCGCGACCCUGGGAAGCCACGUGGGCAGCCAGGAAGCGCAGCUGGGCACGGCCGCCGACAUCGAAGCUUCGCUUCAGCCCCCGGUCUCAGCCAAGCUCACGAAGGAGGAGCUGGAGGAGUUCCUUCACGAGCUGAGCCCGGCUUGCCGCAAGCAGUUCCUGGCGAUGCUCGAGGGGCAUGGCCAGGCAAGAGAUCUCCAUCGUUUCGGCCAGAACGCCACUCAAGCUUGCAGCAGCAUGGGUGGAGCGCUUUGCAAAAAUCAUGCCCGCAUCCUGCAAACCAACGUGGUCGAAGAUGGCCGCAAGAUGGUGGCCAAGUCCGUUGUUGAUGGCAAGAGCUGCCUGCCAAGCCAGUGCAUUCAGGAUGCAGACUUGCGGAUGCUAGCGGGCAUGUUGCAGCGUAAAGCUGUAGAGACCCUUGGCCCGGCAUCAGUGGGCCAGCAGCCCGUGGAGGUCCUGCUGGAUGUCGACUGCAGCUCCAGUGGUGGUUCCAGUUAUGCUGCCACCAGGGAAUGGUCGAUGAAACGGGCCGGUCCUGCCCGCUCUGACGGCAUUCGGAACGCUGCUAUGCUCGCUUGGAUAGCUUUGUUUACCCUCGCUUUACAGGCGCUUUGA